AUGAAUAGAUAUCUCAUUAAAUUUUCGUAUCUCGGUACACAAUACAGAGGAGUGCAAAAAAAUACAAUUGCAAAUAUAAAUAUUAACAUAUAUGAUCCUGACACUAUUCAAGGGGUUUUAGAAAGUGCUUUUUCAACACUAAAUCCAAAAUGUAUAACAUUCCCAAAAAUAGCUUGUUCUAGUAGAACAGAUGUUGGCGUACAUAGUUUCUAUAAUUUAGGUCAUAUUGAUCUACAAAAUGCAUAUAACAGUUUUUAUAAUCCCAAUGAAGUACUUAAAUAUGUAAAUCAAUAUCUUAUAAAUUGUAAACACGAUAUAAGGUUAUUAGAAUUUAUUCCAGUGAAAAAUGAUUUUCGUGUAAGAAGACUUGUAAAGCGUAGAACUUACCUUUAUAGAUUUAUGAGACCUAAGGAUAAUGAUAAUUACAAAAUUCCUAUCAUGGAAUUAAGACAUUGUUUUCAUUUUAGAUCAGAUACUUUUGAUCCUGAAAAGUUAAAACAAGCAACAAAACUUUUUAUGGGACUAAAGGAUUUUAGAACAUUUUCUGCAAAAAGUCAUUCAAAGAGAGAAAUCCUAUAUAGAAGAGAAUUAAAUAGUUUGUAUUUAGAAAAAGGUACAGCGUUUACGCCAUAUGAUUCUUUGUCACAGAAUUUUGACUUUUGGAAUAUAACUUGCUCAGCACCAUCUUUCUUGUAUAAGCAGGUUAGACGAAUUGUAAGUUGUUUACUUGGUAUAAGUUGUGGCUUAAUAACAGAGAAAGAUGUAAUUACAAUGUUACAAGUUCCCGGACAUCACAAUUUUCUUUCUUGCAUACCAUUAGUUCCGCCAUUUGGUUUAUACCUCGCAAAUAUAGAAUAUCAUCAAGAAUAUUUAGAUAAAUUCAUUAUAAAAUAUAAAAUAUCUCCUGAUGAUAACAGCGUUAUACCAUUAGAUGAGAAUAAAAUAUAAUAA